AUUUUUUCCUACAACAAGUAUGUACUUGACAUUUUCAGUGUCUACUUUCCCUUUUCCUUUGUCUUUCCAAAUAUAAUAGAAAAGUUCAAAAAAUGAAAAAACUUCCGUGUAGUAGUAGUACUUAUAGCUUAAGCCACCAAUCUUUCGGAUCCUUAACUUUAGCCGACCCCUUUACUCGAGUAAGGAAGAAAGUAGUAGGCCAAAUAAAUCAAAAGCUUUCUGAAAUUGUUAUUCUAUUUGGUAUAAGUAGUUUUGAUGGUCUGUUUUUGCUUUCUGGUUGAUCAGAGGUCAGUAGUAAAGAAGACUAAACCGGUAGCUGGCUCCUGUUCGAGAUGUGGCCGUAGUGCUCAUGUUGCUGAUAUGUGUACUGUUACCAGAUUUUGUUAUGUUCCUUUAUACUGGAAAUCUUGGAAGGCUAUUGUCUGUAGUUUCUGUGGUGCUAUUCUCAAGUCUUAUAGAUAACCAUGUGCCAUUAACUUUGGAGAUCAGUGGGAUGAGCAGUUAUCAUUAGCAGAAUUUGCUUACAACAACAAUUACCAGUCGAGUAUUCAAAUGGUCCUGUAUGAGGCUUUAUAUGAGAGACAAUCCUGUUUUCCAAUUGGAUGUUUUGAACCAGGUGAAAUGAAGCUAUUGGGUCUAGAUUAGUUCAGCAUGGUUCACCUUCUUUAAUUUUUUUCUUAAUGACUUUCUUUAAAUAUGUUAGUCUAUACCAUAUAUGGCCUAUAUUAGAAGUUAGGUUCUUAUUGUGGAUCUUCAGUUUUGUUUGAGCCAGCAUACUAUAUAUAUGUAUAUAUAUGAAGUGAAGUCUGUAUGAGUUCACUCAGGAGUUUGUACGACUUGAACAAAA